UAUAACAUUUUAUUGAUAUUUUGAUAAAAACACACAAACAACUUAACCUUCUUGGAGGAGGUAGGAUAUUAAUAGGUCCAUAAUAAACUACUUUGCUUACGGUUAUAACCUCAUUACUUCCAUGUGUAGACUAGUAAGUUUUUGUGAUCGAAUGACGUCAUGUACAAUGUACAAAUCAUUCUAGCGUAAAACUUCCUCAAUGAAUGCCAUAAAAUCGUCGCCAAACAAUAUGCUUUUUGUAGCGCAUUCAAGUAAAUAAUUGUCUUAUUUCCGGGUUUAUAUUGCAGCUUAUAUGCUUACUGACAUCAAUAUACACACAAAAUGUAUCCACUAUCAGUUUCUGUUAAAAAAUAUAGUCUACGCUGGGAAUUCCUGGUUGUCAUAGCGAUAGUUUAUGCUUCCGGGGAACGGCUUGGAGAACGAGGACCACAACUGACAGUGUACGAAGUAAGCGACUGGCCGAAAGCGAGUGAUUUCUUCAACAAUUUUGCAUUAGUAUCUAAGCCUGUUGUUGUCAGAGGAGGCGGUAAAAUAUCCCCGGCUUUCAAGCUAUGGACAGACGAAUACCUGCUACGACAUGCCGACAGUGAAACUAUUGUUACUGUGGAGGGAGAGAAAAAAGAAAACAGGGAAAGUGAACGCACCGAAGGACUGACCUUUCUGGAAUUUUUGACUCGAUACAAAAAUGAGGAAAUGUAUAUGGUUGAAAGUGUUCCAGAAUCUAUAAGAAAGGAUGUCGUUCUGCCUGCUCCUCUUCAGUGUCACGUAAUGAAGGAUAGUUUUUCAUCAGCGAUGAUGUGGUUUAGUAAUGGCGGUACAUCGUCUGUGUUACACAUUGAUUCAGUGGAUAACAUAAACUGCGUGAUGGCAGGCCGUAAGCAUGUGGUACUCAUCGACAGAAAAUAUGCCGAUAAGAUACCUCUCAAACAUCCUGGAAACUACUGUGGCGUAGACGUCGACGAUGUGGACUUUGACAAGUAUCCCGGCCUGCUUAGUGUCGAGUACCAUCAUGUCGACUUACAGCCUGGUGACUGUCUAUACAUUCCAUAUCGUUGGUUCCACCAAGUACGAUCACAAGACAGAAACAUCGCAGUAAACAUCUGGUGGAACCACUAUAUGAUGAAGAAUCAAGAUUUCAGCCAGUGCCAAGAUAUUCCACCCGGAGAACUCAAAACAAUCGACAAGUUUGAAUUCAAUGGAGUGACGAAUAUGUUCAGGGAAUCAGAGUCAAUCAGAGAUCACAUGCUGUCGAUAACGCAGAACACGAAUCAGCCAAUGACAUACCAGGAUUUCAAAUCGUCUGUCAUUCAAGCACCUCCCGAUGAAUCUACCAAUGAACUCUUCAAUGAAGUGGCGGCAGAGGUGUUUUUACACCUUGAUGACAAUUAUGAUAAGACCAUCGAUACUGAAGAAAUAUCAGCAUUAGAAGAAAGUGUGUGGCGGGAAAUAUCUGACAUAUUAGAUAAAUUUUCUGUAAAAUUACAAACUUAUGAAGAGGAGCUUCAAAGGCAAGGUCUGGAUGGGAAAGAUGAACUCUGAAUGACGACCUGAUCAGUCCUAUUUAUAAUAUUUAAUAUAUCUUUAUA